AUGGGCAAGUUUGACGACAACGAGAGGAUAAUCCUCAACGUCGGGGGUACCAGGCACGAAACCUACAAAACCACCCUGAAGACCCUGCCGGGGACUCGAUUGGCCCUGCUCGCCUCCGACUCGGACAUCGACUCCGUGCUGGAUCAGCUGCAACAAGUCCCCGGCUUCAUCGAGUACAACGCGAGGACCAACGAGUACUUCUUCGAUCGCCACCCGGGUGUGUUCGCCUACGUCCUCAACUACUACCGAACCGGGAAGCUCCACUGCCCGGCGGAUGUGUGCGGACCGCUAUUCGAGGAGGAGCUCUCCUUUUGGGGCAUCGAUGAGACGGACGUGGAGCCCUGCUGCUGGAUGACAUACCGGCAGCACCGGGACGCAGAGGAGGCGCUGGACGUGUUUGAGCUCAACGUGGACAACGGAGAGGACGACGAUGAGAUAGCGAAGAGGCUCGGGAUUGAGGAUGUGAAUGCCGACGGUAAUGUCAGCCUGUGGAGGAAGUGGCAGCCGGUGAUCUGGAAUCUAUUCGAGGAUCCGUACUCCUCCAGGGCGGCGAGGUUUAUUGCCUUUGCAUCUUUGUUCUUCAUCCUGGUCUCUAUCACCACCUUCUGCUUGGAGACUCAUGAGGCUUUCAACACCAUCAUCAACAAGACGGAGCUUGUGCGGAACAGCAGCUUGCCGGACCCGGGCCCGCAGUACGAGAUUGAAACUGACCCUGCGCUCACGUACGUGGAGGGCGUUUGCGUCCUCUGGUUUACUCUUGAGUUCCUGGUACGUGUGACCUUCUGCCCGGUCAAGUUGGAGUUUGUUAAGAGCGUGCUCAACAUCAUCGAUUUCGUGGCUAUUCUACCUUUCUACUUGGAGGUAGGGCUGAGUGGCCUUUCUUCAAAGGCUGCCAAGGAUGUGUUGGGGUUCCUCAGGGUGGUGCGCUUUGUUCGUAUCCUGCGUAUCUUCAAACUUACACGUCAUUUCGUGGGGCUUAGGGUGUUGGGCCACACACUACGGGCCAGCACCAAUGAAUUCCUGCUGCUCAUCAUCUUCCUGGCAUUGGGAGUGUUAAUUUUUGCGACUAUGAUCUAUUAUGCUGAACGCAUCGGCGCUAAGCCCAAUGACCCCACUGCUAGCCUCCACACCAAGUUCAAAAACAUCCCCAUCGGAUUCUGGUGGGCUGUGGUAACCAUGACUACACUGGGCUAUGGCGAUAUGUAUCCAGAGACAUGGUCAGGCAUGGUGGUGGGGGCAUUAUGUGCCUUGGCUGGCGUGCUGACGAUAGCCAUGCCUGUGCCUGUUAUCGUCAAUAACUUUGGGAUGUACUAUUCCCUGGCUAUGGCCAAGCAGAAGCUGCCCAAGAAGAGGAAGAAACACAUCCCUCAGGUGGUGCAGGGAGGGUCUCCCACCUACUGCAAAGGCGAUCUCAACACCACAUGCAACAGCACUCAAGGUGACCUGUGCCACGUCAAAGGGGGCAGGGUACUAGAACGCAACCGUUCAGGUAAGACCAUAUAUUCUUUGCACGCAGUUUUGUCAGCAGAUUGCAGCGGGGGCAGUGACCUGACCAUGUCUCCAGAGGAGAGGGUGCCCAUGCGAAGAUCCAGCACUCGAGAACAGGACCACCGGAGUGGUGGAACGUGUUUUCUGCUCGCUGCUAGUGACUAUACUGCAGAUGGAGGGAUAAGAAAAACAGGCUAUGAGAAAUCCCGGAGCUUAAACAACAUAGCGGGCUUGACUGGUAACACUCUGAGAUUGUCUCCUGUGACCUCGCCCUACGGAUCGCCCUGCCCGCUACGGCGCUCUCGUUCCCCUAUCCCCUCCAUCCUGUGAGACGUCCACCCUGGGUCACUUUUGGCAUAACCCACCCUACAUCCUACCCCCCUAAACAAGCCACCUCU